CGAAAACGAUAAAGGUUUUUUAGUUUUUAGUUGAUUUUUAUUUACAUGGACGUGUUUGUUGCUAUUACUCAAGCUAAAUUGGACAUUAAAGGUUCACAUGAGGUAAGACGUACUUAAAAUUAAAUUUAUUUUCUGGUAUAAAUUCAUAACCAAAAUCUGUGAAAUUGUACUUUGUACAAUUUUUCAACCAAAUGCCAGCCUCGUCCCCAGGCUCCAGUACGUGCGUGGGCCGUGGGGUUACCGAUGCGCAGCUCUGAAAGCACAUCUAGGGAUUUCCCUUUUCUCCUGCCCACGCGUGUUUCUCUCGAGAGAUCUUUAUCAUAGAUAUCUAUGAUCUUUAUGUGCCGGGGACGAGCCUGACCAAAUGCUAUAACACAGAAUAGAGACCCUACAGAAGGUCGCCACGCCAUGAUUCGUCAUCAAAGUGCACUUGCUAUGUUUCUGGCGAGUGCAUUUAUGAGAGACAGUCACCCCCUACAUGGCAUGGCAACAGCAUUGCAAAUCAUAGGCAAAACCAAGAAGCCGGCCUUCUGUAAAGUGUCUAUUCUGUGGCUAUAAUUUGUAACUGUGUGGGACUGUUUUGUCCUUGAAAUUUUUUCUUAAACAAUGUUUUCAAAAUUUACUUUCCGUAUGCUAGAUUUUUACACCAAUAAUAUUUAAUUAUUUUUAAAGUGUUCCUGGCUACAACAUUUAUUCCAAGUUGUAUGUGACAACAUUUAUAAACCUUCAGUCUUUACCAAGCCAUGUGAGGAACUCUGCUUUGAUAUUGUGAACGUUGUAUUAGAAAGAAAUGGAAAUAAACUGCCGCUUGACCACACCGUGCUCUCUGCAUCAAGUCUCUGUGCAUACAAGGAAGGAAAUUAUUUCACUGGGAAAUUUGGACUAAGAUCAGAAGCUUUGCCUGAUCUGGCUCAAAUUUCUGGUAGGUUGAAUGUCAUGUAGUUAAUAUAACCCCCUCCACAAACAUCAUCAUCACUGCCUUUACUACCAUAACAAUCUCGUUCCCUGAGCCUGCGAUCCUCGGGAAGGAACUUGAGGCUCUGGGAUAAUCCGUUUCAGGGAGGAGUCUGAUUGGCCGUUGAUAUGGAAUGUGCAGUUCGGUCUUUAGCCAGGAUUCCUGGCUUCCGGCAACAGAUUAUCCCAGAGCCUUCAGAGCCUAACGUUCCUUCCCGAGGAUCGCAGGCUCGGGGAACAAGAUUGCUACCAUAACUACUACCAUGUACCAUCUGCUCUACGGCCACCAUGUACCAUCUUCACCACUACCAUGAACAUUGUCAUUGGUGACCAUCACCACCUCCAUUCUCACCACCACCAUCAUUCGCACCAUCGUCACCACCACUGUUGCCAUGACCACUAUUAUAGCCAUAUAUCACCACCACUUCCAUAAACAUCAUCUCUACCAUCAUGUACCAUCAUCAUCACCACCAUUGCCAUGAACUUCACCACCACUACUUAACUGUAUGAUUGAAUAUCAUCAAUCACCCUCAUCAUGAUCAUUGCUACGUAGCAUCAAUUGUGGAUUUUGUAUCUUUUCUCAUGUCUCCACCUUAGGGUUUAAUGUCUUGGAAGAAAGACCAUUGAUUUUACUUGGAUUUCUAACUGACAUUCCAACAUCAGACAAAACUCUGCACCCUGAGGCUGGCUUGUUUUAUCUUGAAGAUACCAACAGUGCUGUAAUAUGCCAGGUAGAAACAUAAGCUUUUAACCUGUUCUCAUACAGCAGGACAUAGCUAGAUAUAUUAUGGUUAAAUUGGUAACAAGGUUAAAAUCAUCUGGUGGCAGACCAUGUUUGCUUUAUCUGACUUAAUGAUAUCACAUCCAUUAUAUUAUUUCUAUAUUUUAGCUCUGUGAGGAAUGUGAUCUAGAAAAAUAUGUACUUAACAACAAGUUGGUUUUGUUACCAAAAUGGAAUUUCAUUGCUAUAAAAUUCCCAGUCUUUGUAUUUGAAAGUAAGGAUUUGCAAUAAGUGUAUUUUGUUUUUGUGUCAACAUUAUAUAAAUUUAUUUAGAGAGUGGGGAAUGUGGUGAUGGAAGUUAUUUUUUUGUUAAUAGGUGACAAAGGAAAGAAGGGAAAACGUAAUUAUCUAAAGUACAUCGAAGUUGUCGAGGAUUUAAUAUCUAUCCAGAAGCAGGAAAGUGCAGUUGUACCACAGGCUUUGUCAAUUCAAGAAUUUUUGUCUAAAACAGAAGUGUAAGUAUUCAAAUAGCUAAAUUUUAUUACCACAAUCUCCACCAUCACUGAUCAUUAUCUGCAUCAUCACUGUCACUGUCAUCAUCAUCGUCAACAUUAUUACCAUCACCAUCAUCGUCAUCAUCACUGCAUCAUCGUCAACAUCAUCACCAUCAUCAUCGUCAUCAUUAGCCUGUGUGCAGUCCCAGGAGUCUACAUCAUCAUUGGCACAAUUGUCAUCACCAUAACCUCAGAUGUCAAAAGCCCUGGGUUGAACCAAGAGUAUAACACUUCAUACAUAUGCUUUACUUAUUUGCAUAUAUUUUUCUUUCAGAAUUAAGCCAGACAGGGUAAACAUAAUUGGUUGUUUGAAAAUUCUCAGUUCAUGCAAUGUGUAAGUUAAUUUAAAAAACUCAUUCUUCAUUCUAAACAACUUACCUCUAUUCUGUACUGUUUGCCAAAUGUUCACAGACUUGUCUUAUUUUUUAUUCAGGGUGGCUGGACAAAAACCCUACUUUCUGGCUCAGUUUCACUCACCAGAAACGGACCACUCUACAUCAAUUGCAUUUUGGGUAAAUAUUCGUAAUUUUAUAUUUACACUGUUUUGCUUCCAGGUUAGGCAUAAAAAAAAAUACCUGUGGUUCCGGUUUCAUAUCGUGAAAAAAUUUGGGUUGGUAGGUCGGAAAUAAAUUUUUUUUGAAUAAUAUUUUUCAUGGUUUUGGUGUUUUUUUGCUGGGCGAUUUGCAGUAGAGUCCCAACAUCAAUAUUAGCUAGAGAUGCGUAUUUCCUAUGGACGAAUUUAGGCAAUUUGGUUCAAUAAUUAGUGUGACAACAGACGCCAUUUUGGCACACUGUAUGAGCAGCCCACAACCACCUGGAGAAAAUGGGGUCGCACGGUCGGUCGCGUUUAAAAAAUAAUAGGGUUGGCAGAAAAAAAUAGGGUCGGUCGGGAACCGGAACCACAGGUAUUUUUUUACGCCUUAUCCAGAAGUGGCUGCAGAUACUCUUAAUUUUUUUUCUAAAUUGACUAUUCUUUCUUUAUGUAGGGUUGUAGAUUUGCAUCUUGGUAUAAUUUCAUGAAAAUUGGAGAAACAUAUGUUAUUAGUGAAUUAAAGAACACAACAAUGAAUAAGGUAAUCUGGCUCAAUAUCGAUCACUUGGAAUUGAUGGCAGGUUUCACUAAAUACAUUUUAUUGAUUUGCCAAAUACUACUUCAUAUGUCAUGAAGCAACAUUCAAUUCUCUGCUAGUUGCAACUUAAAACAGUCUGCUAUAAUUAUUGAAUAUAGUGCUUAGUGAAACAUAUAUAUUGCUAUAGAUAGUAGUUUGUUUUCAACCCAUAUAUUCUUAAACAUUUCCAUGUAAUGUUUUCUAGGGGCGCCCAAGUGAAAGAGAGUUGCUUGCAGCUACAAAGCAUUCAGAUUUUUAUAAAGUAGAUGCACAGACCUACACAGAACAUGAGAAUACUUCGGCAGAGUGUGAUAAAGGAUUGGAAUUGCAGAAACGAGAAGAGCAAAAAACUGAUGAAGAGCAAAUGAAACGAAAGCAAGAUGAAACCGAAAAAGAGCCUAAGGCAACUGUAUAUUUAUUAACUAAUAUAAACAAUAUAAACAUUACGAGUGGAAAUUGGUCAGCACGGCACUUAGCCAAUCAGCAUUCAGAAUUUACAAAUGCUAUAUUAUAAAGUCUUUUACCAAAUAUUUAAUGAAAUCCUUAGUUUAUCAGGAUUGUAGGAAACCCUAAACCUCAUAUAUACCUACAUCUUUUGUAGGGACAUGUGAAAAAACGCAAGCAAAGAGAAGAGUAUCCAGGGCCAUCUACACAUGUUAUGCCGAAGUCUGAUGUGUAUUCUUGCUCUGCACCCAUAAAUUAUGGGGUUAGUGAUUGAUCAUGAUGGUGAUGAUGGUGGUUGUGGGGGUGAUGAUGGUGGGUAUGGUGAUGAUUGUUGAUGGUGGUAGUGAUGAAGAUGAUGUGGUGAUUGUAAGGGAAGCAAUGAUUUGAUAUUCAAAAUAUAUUUCUUAUAAUUAGGGAAUGAUAACAGCUGUGGUAAAUUCAGAUGCUGGUCUCUAUGAAAUUGAUAACAAAUUUAGGUAAGAUUGUUACAUACUAAGCUCAUAUUUUUCAAUCUCAUAUUGUAAUCAAUACAACACUUCUUAUCAGAGUUCAGACUAACCCCCAUAAUUAGUGUAGUAGUGUUCAUGCAGGCAUUUAAUAUCUUGAUUUCAACUUCAGGUUAUUUACUCACUACAUGCCAUGUAAAAAUUUUGGUUGUGGCAUGAGAGCUGGUGCAUCAGUGGCCCUUUAUCAUAUUCAUUUAUGUAGACGUGAUCAGGUCAGUGAACUUAGAAAUCUUAUAUAAUGUAAUGUGUAAGUAAGAUGGGGACGUAUAUGCCCUGAUAGUUUCAAUGCAGCCAUUUUUAUAGGGUUGGUAGAAACUAUUGAAUCACAUAUAUACUCAUCCCAUAGUCUGUAUUCCCCAAAUAUGUUUCCCCAAGUACGAUGCUUUAUAGUGUGAAUUGUCUAGUUUAUAAAGUCUGCUCAUAUUUUUGUUUGUAGAAAGUUCUAGGUUUAGUCUGUUGUAAUUCCUCAAUAAUCAGAGUUGUUAAGCAUUCAAUGUUGGAUUCCCCUCUUCAG